AUGUACCUGGAAGACGGCACCAUGACUGCUGGUCUACUCUUAUGCACCAUUGGAACAAUGCACGGAAUUCCGUGGACAAUGCAUCUACGAGGGAUGCACGGCAUCCUCCAAUUGGACGACGUUGACAAUGCGCGGGAUGAAAAGACCCCGUUUCGCGCUCAUCUUUUCGAGGUCAUGGGAAUUAUGGACCUUCCUACUUUUUCUAUCGGACGCCAGCACCCGCAUCUAGGUUUCUGGAGACGGCAUUGUCGUAACCGAGUCUCCUCGGAAGGAUCAUCUGGACGGGAUGAAGUUGAGGUCGUGAGUGGCUUGCCAAAAUCCUUGAUCGACAUCUUCUCCUGCAUUGGCGAGGGUGGUGCGACAGAGGAGGACUUCCAGAACUGGCCUGGUGCCCAGGGAAGCUUUCUCCAAUGUCAGCUAUGGGAAGCAUAUCGAUUAGCGGGGAUUCUAGCCGUCCGCGAUAGUCAACUAUGCUCACCGUCGAGCUCGGGAGAGGGAAGAUUACAACCCCUGGAAGGGAGAAAUCAACCGCAUCGGACGCUCCCUUCAACUGCUGUGACUGUUUCCCGAUUACUCAGUUGCGUUGACGCUAUUCACCGAGCAUCAGGAGGACAGGACAGAAGGGACACGUUGACCAUGAAUGCCCUUUCCCACCCGACUUUUAUUGCCGCUUUACAGACUGACGUUAUGAAUGAUGAUGCAGCAUUGAAGCAGUUUGUACGGAGCACUUUAGUUUGGAGCUCGAACGAGCCCACUUGGAGGAAGCAGUGCCAACUUGAGUUGGAAUUACUUGAAGAAUACUGGCGUUACAGGAGCGGAACAGUCAGCAUCCACGACCUUGCGCAGGCACGAGGAGUAGAGCUGGGACUUAUCUGA